CAGCGAGGUUACCAUCUUGUUCACCGUCGGCCCCUGGUGAAUUCUUUACCACUGUCGCAAGUCGACUUCUCGUUUCCCAAACCUUCCCCCUACUCUAGCUAUCCUCGCAAACCCCCCAACAACCAUGAUUUGCUCCAGCUGCCGCCGCUCCCUGUUACAGGCAAGCAUUCGAACUUCGCAGACAGCAGCAACAGUUGCAAAAUCCUCCGCGACAUCAUGCUCUUCAACACCAUUCACCUCCCGCCGAGUUCCCUUCCCUCUCUUCCAACCUCUCUCUCAUCUUCGCUCCGUAUCAACCGUCCCCUCAACUCCCAACGCAGCUCCAUCAACACCACCACCUAGCACAUCGACCUCAACUUCAACCGCAAACCCAACCCAAUCCUCCUCGCACCCAGCCGCAUCCCAACCCCUAUCUACACCCCAGACCAAACCUCCUACUACAAUCAAACCACGAAAACUCCAAUCCUCCGUCCCCGGCGGCGCCGAACUCAAAGGUCUCGGCUACACAAAAGCCCAACCCGUCAUCAAAGCAAUGGAAGAUGAUGAAUAUCCUGAUUGGUUGUGGGGACUUUUGGAACAAGGAAAUAAAGCUCCGGGAGAGACAAAGGUUGAUCUUUCUGCAAUGACGAAAAAACAACGCGCACGAUGGGACAAAGCACAAGAAAAAAUCCGAGCCAAAAUGCCGGUGAAAAUCCCUCUUCAUGAACAAAGCAUGGAUUUGACUCAACCUGGUGAUGAUGCUAUUACUAGUUUGAAGAGAAGACAGGAAAUUACAAAGAGUAAGAGGGUUGCGAAUAGGAAGGAUAUUAGGGAGAGUAAUUUCUUGAAGACGAUGUAAUACGAGGUACUUGGUAGUUAGUUGAUGGGGGAGUUGUCUUGGAGGAUGGGAAGUGUAUGAUAACAGCAGUUUUCGAGGUGUGGUGCAGUGCUGUUGUUGAGUGAUUGUUUGUUGGGAUUGUAUCGACCUGGUGAAUCAGGUUAGGUUGUUUGAGGGUGGUGAGGACUAUCCACUGUAUAGACUGUAACCCAGAGCCGCCCCUAUCCCGCUUAAGAGUUGGCGGUUUGAGAGAAAGAUGUUUGUAUAACAAAGAAUUGUAUAAAGAG